AUGCCCCUGGCUUGGCUGGGUGACAUCGCCUCGUUGGAGGAGCGCAUAUCUCGUCUCGAAGAAAACAACGCUCGGCUUCAGUCUGUCAUUGAUCAGAAUAGGCAGACUGCGGAUGCCCGGGCAGCUGAGGCAGCCCAGGCGAGUUGUUCCGAAGAUCACCUGCGACGAAGAGUCUCGUUUGCAUCUCGAACUGGAGAAGGAUCUCUCACCAGGAGUUCACCUGCGAUCGGUCUUCUAGCCACUUUUGCUCGCUCAGACGAGGACAUCCCCUCGCCUCUCAGCUUCCAUGAUGGUGGUGCUGCGAGAAGACCCGUGAGCCAGCAUGACGUUGAAGGGACCGUCGACAGAGCCACGGAGGAGGCUCUCUUCAGCAUCUAUCACGACAAAGUUCACUGCAGAUACCCCUUCCUCCGCCUAGAUGACUUCCGUGAUCAGUCAAAGCGGCCCAGUGGUGCCUGGGCGGCAUAUUUCAUCAAUAUGAUCUUCUCAAUAGGCCUUCUCCUUGAGAAGAACACCACCGAUCCCUCCCGUCAUAGCCACCAGGCCUUCUACCGCGUUGCCGUCACGAAAUACCUCUCGCACGUCUUCGCCCAACAAGACAGACUGCUUCACAUCCAGGCCUACCUCCUGCUGGCAAUGCAUGCCAUAUACUCUCCUUCGACCGAGCGCAUCAUCUCCAUAGCCUCAGCAACGAUGCGCUACUGCGUCAUGGCCCAGCUACACCUCGCAGACGCUGAGCCCGCACCCAAGGAUGUCGCUGCCAAGAUCGAGGCCCAAAUGCGCCGCCGCGUCUUUUGGUCGGCCUACACCCUCGAUCGCGCCGUCGGCACGAUGUUCGACCUCCCCUUCUCCAUCCCCGACUACCAGAUCACGGUGAAGAUGUACGCCAACGUGGACGACCACGACCUCGCCGCACGCUGCGCCGAGUCGUUCCCAGAGGACCCCCCGCAAAGCCGGCCACGUCUGACGAGCGUGUCGGCGGCACUCCACGUCGUCUACUGUCGACAGAUCCAGUCCGAGAUCCUGAACACGACGCUCCACCGCGACUUCAACACGCAGUUUGACAGGCUGUCCCACUGGCGCCUGCGCGUGCUCGAGAAGCUUGACCGAUGGAGGGCGCUGUGCCACCGCUACUCGGACACGCGGUCGAGGAACUUUACGAGCAGCGAGUGGCUGCACAUGAUAUACAACUACAGCCUGGCCAUGUUGUACCAGCCCACCAAGUCGACGGUGACGGGUCCUGCGGGUGAUUGGACGGUCAAGUCGUGCGUGCAGGCGUGCCUCAUUUUUCGCAAGUUCCAACGGGAGACGCCGAUAACUGAGCUCUGGCUCGGUCUGAUUGCGCAGUUCAAGUGCGGCGUGGCUUUGUUGUACUGCUUCUUUGCGACGCCGCCUCACUUGAGAACAGAGGCGUAUGAGCUUCCCGACGCCUCUGAAGCGGUGAGGGCAUGUAGCAUCAUUCUUUCGAUCCUCGCAGAGAGGUGGCCGCAGUCGAAGUGUCUGCGGGACGCAUUCGACAUACUCGCACGAGAAAUCCCUCUCUUCGAGUCCGUCUCAUCAUCAACAGACGCUACGGCGCCGCGGAAGAUGAGGCAGGAAUCGGCGAACUCCUUGAUGGAACUUAUGGGCCAACUGGACGUCAUAGUCGUGCAUCGCAACACGCUACGCAUGAUCAGGGAGAUGGCUCUGGAAGAAUUCCCUCGUCCUUCUGAUGGCCAAAAGUCGCAUAACGAGAUCGACAUGCUCGCCGAUGCCACGGCUCAUCUUGGUGAAGAAGACUCCCCUUCCUGGCGGACGAGUAUCACUGGCGACAUCUUCCAACCUAUCACCCCUCAUUUCUUCCAAUCGAACAUGCCACUUGACGCAGAUGCCUUCGAUUAUGCUGCCUUGGGUUUCCCCGGCGAGUUUGAUCUGCUGGAGGGGUGA